AUGGCUGGCGUAAGCGACUGGUUUAGCAUUGGAAGUACAGUGGCAUGUAAAACUUGUUAUAAAAAAGAUAUUGAAGGUGAAGUUUUGGCAUUCGAUCCACAAACUAAAAUGCUAAUACUGAAAUGCCCAUCAUCUUCUGGGAGACCAUCUGUGCAUGAUGUAAAUAUAGUUAAUUUAUCAUUGGUAUCAGAUGUGCAAGUCAAAAGAGAAGUUAGUCCGACAACAACAGAGCCACCACAAAGUCUUAAUUUACAGAGGCUAAACACACGUGUGCGUAAUCAAGUUGAAGAAAAAAAACGGAUGGUAAAAGCUCUGCAGGCCGGAGUUUCACCAGAGGGACAAAAACUUUUUAUAGCUAUUGCUAAAACAAUACAGGAAAUUACGUGGUCUGGUCAAGAUAUUGUUGUAUGGGAUAAUGUUACCAUUAGACCACCUUACAAGGUUGAUAAUGUCCAUGGUAAUACCGAGUCUAAACCUUAUUUACAUGUUAGAAAAGUUGUAGAGAAGCAUAUGAAAGAUACAGCAGCUGCCGAAAUUCAACAACAAUCACAGCAACAACCAAUACAAAAAAAUAAUAGCAAUACUACGCUGCAGCAGUAG